GACCCUGUCAUUAAUUCUACAUGAACUAUCGGAGACAAAAAUCCUUAUUUUAAUAACAAAUAAGAUUGCUUAAAGAAGUAUAAUAUGGAUAAAAAUCGAUCAAAAUUCACGGCAUCACAAGCGAAAGAUAAGUCUAAAGGUACAACACAAAGAGCAAAGGGGGAUUGUUUUGAAACUAAAAGUUCGUCCCAUACCCAGUUCUACGGAAAAUUGAAUCACGCAGAAGCCUUUGAAAGAAUAACAAAGGCAGAAUAUCGUGGAAAAUCCGAAUCAAUAUCAGGCUCGUCUGAAUCAUAUCACUGUGUCCACGGGCCUGAAGGAAAACAGUAUACAGAAAAAGGACUUCUAAAGAGGAACUUAUUGAAGGAAUUGGAUCCAAUUCCAACAGAUCGUGCCUGGAAUGACGAGUGUCCACCGGCUCUUGGGAGGGAGAUGGUUAAAAUGUUGGUGUUCCUCGCAUCAGAUACAGAAAUAGAUCACCAAAUGGAGAGAUUCGAAAAUCAUCUAAGAGAUUUUGCCAGAACAACCUGCCAUGGUUAUUAUGUCGAUAGCCUAGACGAAGUUUGUGUCGUCUUGUAUUUCUUACUUGAAAAUAUUGGGAAAAAGCAGAACCUUCAUGAAGUAUUAACUCUUUUACUGCGAAAUAUGGAGCAACCGAUUCGCCUCAAUGCCUCUUCCGAUGCGAUAACUUAUUUUGAAACUUUACAAAAGUACUUCGGAUUUAUUGGUUACCUGUUGAUACAACUAGCAGACGACGAACUUUUUGAUAUUGUGUCAAGAGCACUGGUUUGGCAACUGUCAACCCCUGAUGUGAAACGGCAUGGAGCUGCGCAACUUCGCCAUACACUUGCAGCUGCCCCACUUUAUCUUUAUCAGACUUUAGUGAGGAUGCUCUGCAUCUCCUCUCACCACAGAUAUCCUACGUUUCUAGAAGCAGCUCUUCUUCUAGCAUACGACUCUACUGAUAAUUGCCUCAGUAUGAUAAAAGAGGGUAUAAUAGAGAACAUAUUUUAUCGUUUCAAUCCCUAUUAUCCACACAGAGACUUACCUGAUUAUGAUAUAAACCCUUUGAACCCCCAGGAUAUAAAUAUAAAACUUGGAGACAGUACUAUUCACAUAUCCACAACAAUUUCGUUGCUUCUUAUUCUAUCGAAGACAUUGUUGGAUUUGCUGAAUCAAAAUCAGAAACAAAUACUUCUUCUGCCUUGCCCCAACGAAUAUGCUCAAAGAUGCUUUUUGUGGGCUUUUCGAUAUGAAUGCCGUGCCAGAGACCAUAAACACGAAAGACUUACCUUGGCAGUGAUCGCGAAUGCUUUAUUAAAAUGCUAUGGGGAGAGGCUCACCUUGUUUGCAUCAAUAUUCAUGUCUGAUAUAUUGUCAUUGUCGGUGUUGACUGAAGUUCCAACAAGGCACGAAUGGAUGCGUUCUGUUAAUUUGAACACCAAGCAGAUGGACGUGGAAUUUAAAAAAACACUCAUUUGUUUUUCGGUAGAUUUUAUCAAAACUUUUAAAUACAGUGCAUUCACGAUUGAAUCGGAACAUUGGUUGUUGGGAUUAAUGUAUUUAAUAGAUCCAGGACUCUGCAGUUUAAGAGCUAAGUGGUCACCAGCUCUUUUUGCAGAAUUACGCAAAGUUGCACUACAAGCUCUUGUGUGUACAAUUCCUUGUAUGCCUUCGAGUCUAGUAAAGAAAUAUGGUCUCAUAAGAAGGCUGAUGUGGUAUAUUGAAUGGUAUGCUGAAGUCCCAUAUGAGUUGCCUGUGCUGUAUUGGUGUACAAGAGUGUUGCAAGUGUCGAUUCAAAGCGAUUGUUUACCCAAAUAUGAAUCUAUACGUGAUUUAUUUGAAACACAUGGCAUUAUAAUUUUGAUGCAUCUAUGCUAUAUCUUACUCAGUCAAAAGCUUCCACCAAUAGAGAGAAGUCAAGUAGUUAUAUCUGUUUGCCUCCAACUUCUGACUGGUGCAGUUAAAAUAAAUGAGAGCAUUAACUGUUGUGUAUAUCCUGAGAUAAAAUGGCCUAUUUCGACGUGUAGACUUUCACAAAAAAUGUUGGAUGACGUCUUGCACUCUUUGAAAAAUAAUUUUAUUAUAAGUGAUAAGUGGAUAAUUUCUUUAGUAGAUUUUAUCUGGGAAGCAAUUGUUUGGAAGAAAAAAUAUAGAGACUAUUUUAUUGCUCACAAUGGCUUGUACAAACUUCUUGAUCUUAUUACGAUGACGAAGCCACCGAUUCAGUGUAUCACAUUGGCCGUAGUGUGUGACAUUGUGAGAAGUGGAGAAGCAAUCGGGCAGUUGGUUACAUGGAGGGCGGCUAUAGGAGCUUCCAACGUUAGCCCCAAAGUUGUCAAACGAGGGUCCAACAUUGCUGGUCUGUUAGCAGCGGUUUUCCAUAACGAGUGUUUAGCAACACAAGUAGCUAUUAAUGAUUUGGGAGUUUUACAAAAUUUGGACUAUCCCAUCUUAUCAACUAGCUUGAAAGAACUAAUGAUAGAAAAAACAAACAAUGCUACGAUACAAGAUACGCUUAGAACUAUUUGUCCAGAAUGUUGCUUUGUAGCAUCAGAUCUAGCAGGAUCUCGUCUCUCCAAGGCAUACGCUAUUCUUCAAUUGCUCUCAGAAGAUCUAUCUUACAAAGUUAAUUUGGCGGAUGAGGCCUACAAUUUAUAUAAGAAUGUACAAUUAUCACCAGAAGAGGAGACUAUUUUAGUACUUUGCUCACACUUUCUUACUAUUAAAUUAAAUGAAUGUUGGUUCGAGACAAAAGCUCGGAGCAAAAGGUUUUUACCUCAAGAUGAGGAGUCAUUUGAAGAAUUCAUUCAAAUAAGCAACGGCUGGGCAAAAGAAAUAAAGAGACUGCAAGAAGACGUAAUUACAAAGGAUAUACAUAAAGAUCUAACUCACGAAAGGUCAUUGUACGAUUUUCUUGCGCGCGUGCGUUUAAAUAUUGCUUUAGAUGCAUUGCGUGACGUUCGUUGUGUGGCACGCUCAGCGGAUCGUUCUCAAAUGGUGCAUGCGAUGCUUCAUGAUGCUGUUCAGGCGCACCAUCGCCGUACUAAAGCCGCUAGGCAAUUAAAUACAACAGUGUUACGAACAUUUGGACCGGCGCUUGAUGAUCAGAAUAUUACUGGUCAUUACGUUAAAGUAUACAGUAUCUUUCCUAAAAAUAAACCAAAGCCAAAGGAAGAUUUUUCGUCAGCAUAUAGCAGUCACAAUCAUUAAUCAACAAUUUG